GAUCUUUUUGUUUUUGACAUGUUUUUACUUUCGCGGUUUCGCGCCACUCACGAAAAAUAAUCCAAAUCCAAAUUAAUAACAUUAAAACGUAGCUUAAACUUAUAGUAAAGUUAUUAGCUUGUAGUUUUUUUAACAUUUAUUUUAUAAUAUAGUUUCCAGCAUUUGUUAACAUAUUUGUUUAUUUUAUAAUGACCACCGUUACCCGUUACUGAUAAUUUCUUUAAAAGCCUUUAAAAAUUUCUUCAAAAUAUGAACAAAAAACAAACAAACAUGCAACAGUUUAACGAUCGGCAUAAUAAAAGUUACUUUUCACUAUUGAAUGAGAGCUCUGCUCAUCAAUAUAAAGCUUCGCUUAAAAGUGCAUCAAAUAUCACAUCUAAUAUUCUAUUAGAAGAAUCUUGGCGAGCUAAUAAUAAGGUUCUCAAUGAAAAUGCAAUAGAUGAUAUUUUAGGUGCUGCUAAGCAGCUUGUAAAUAAUUCAAAUUCGAAAAAUUCAACAGAAUCACCUACUUCAUGGAAAAGUGCCAUAUGUAACCUGUCUGAUCCACUAAUAGUGUUUCAAAAGUAUUUGCAUUGUCAAAAAUGCUCUGAAUCAAAAAGAAGAAAUGUAGACUUUUUGAAAACUACUUGUAAAUGUGAACCACCCAGUCCACCACUAUCAAAUGUGUACAAUGUUUCAUCCUCUCAAGACUCAAGUCAGGAAUCUAAAGAGGACACUGAAGUUUGUAAACCACAAUCUUGUCCAGGAUCUAAGAGACCACUAAAUAAAGUACAUAUUUCUAAGAAAAAUUCCUCCAUAACAAUAGAUAAAUAUCAUCAAAAUAAGGAUAAUCCUCAGGAAUAUAAUAUUCAAUAUGAUAAACCAAGAACAAGUACAAGUAUGGAAUAUUUUGGUAAAGAAAAAGAAUGUUCUAGAAGUAACAGUUAUCAAGAAUAUGGUAUGGAUGUCGACAAACCUAAACCUUCCAGCAGGGAUAUUGAAGAGGAAGAAGAGAAAGCCCAUAAGAGCCAAGUUGCUAAAAUUAUGUUUAAAAGCGCUAAGGAACAGUUGCUAGCAACUAACCCGGCCGCACGGAGAACGUUGGGGGCAUCAAGGAAGGCUCAAGCUAAAUUUAUUUCACCAAUGCUGGGCUCUGUGGAGAAACAGGAGACAAGUAGUAGUCCGGUAUCAGAUGAACGGCUGAAGCACAUUGAUCCAAAAAUGAUUGAACUUAUUGAGAGUGAAAUAAUUGACCAGGGAGCUCCUGUUGCUUGGGAGGAUAUAGCAGGGCUGCAGUUGGCUAAGUCGGUGAUACAAGAGGCGGUAGUGUGGCCGCUGCUGCGCCCCGACAUCUUCACGGGGCUGCGCCGCCCGCCGCGCGGCAUCCUGCUGUUCGGUCCGCCGGGCACGGGGAAGACUCUCAUUGGUAAGUGCGUGGCGGCGCAGUGCCGCGCCACGUUCUUCAGCAUCUCGGCGUCGUCGCUCACGUCCAAGUGGAUCGGCGACGGAGAGAAGAUGGUGCGCGCGCUGUUUGCCGUCGCGCGCACGCACCAGCCCGCGGUGAUAUUCAUAGACGAGAUAGACUCGUUGCUGACGCAGCGCAGCGACGCGGAGCACGAAGCCACGCGCCGGAUCAAGACCGAGUUCCUCGUGCAGUUCGACGGAGCUGCUAUUGGUGACGAGGACCGGCUGCUGAUAGUGGGCGCCACCAACCGCCCGCAGGAGCUGGACGAGGCGGCGCGCCGACGGCUCGUCAAGAGGCUGUACAUACCGCUGCCUGACAUCGAUGCCCGCAAACAGAUAAUGUCGAACCUGCUAAAGGAAGAGACCCACGAGCUGACCGAGCGGGACAUGGCGGAGGUGGCGCGCCUCACCGACGGGUACUCCGGCGCCGACAUGAAGUCCCUCUGCUCUGAAGCCGCCAUGGGACCCAUUAGAUCUGUGCCACUGUCGCAGAUCGUCACCAUUGAUAGAGAUAAGGUUCGUCCAGUCAAUGUUCAGGAUUUCAACGCAGCACUGCAACGGAUUCGACCGAGUGUAUCGCAAGAUGAUCUCUGGCAAUAUGUCAAGUGGAAUAAUACUUAUGGUCAAGGAUUUUAGUGUGUUCUGAACACUUAAAUAAAUAUAAUUGUUAUUAAAAA